UUGACUUGUUCGAAGUUCUUUUGCUCUGUCCACUCUGAAACAUCACAGAUCAUGUUGAAGUGUGGGAUUUGUUUCCAAGCCCAGGAGUGGAUGUUACUUUAAAGGACGCGGAAGGAAGAUGAAGUUGAGUAGUUCAAGUAGCCGUCGUUGCGUGCUCUGAUGUGAGACAGGCGACCUGCAUCUGCAACACUGGCUGUAGUCAGAGUGGCUUAGACGCAUUGUUUUUUGUUUUUUUGUGGACGACAGCCAGAGAACAAGAUGAGGUACCUCCAUGACUUUUUAAAUUGCACCUAAGAGAGAGAGAACCAGAGAGUUGGUCUUUAUCCUGCUACUGCUGCAGGAAGCGACGUUUCCUUUCUUCAGCUGCCUGAACGAGUUGCAUCUGAGAGGAUCACUCUGUGAAAACAAAGAAAGCAGAGUGGUCUUCUAGCCUCUCUACCCCUGAGCCGAAACAAUACAAAAGCACGGGAGAAAAUGAAGAAGUUUCGGAAGGUGUUGGACGGCUUGACCACCUCCUCACCUGGAGGGACAAUCGGAUCCCCAUCGUGCGGCAGCGCGGCCGGGACUCCCACCGCGGCGCCAACUCCCAAGGAAAUCGACAUCCAGGAGACGCUAGUGUCGGAAAACUUUCAGCUGUGUAAGACGGUGCGUCAUGGUUUCCCUUACCAGCCCACUGCUUUGGCCUUUGACCCUGUGCAGAAGAUCCUGGCCAUCGGCUCCAGAUCAGGCGGCGUACGGAUACUGGGCCGACCCGGAGUGGACUGCUACUGUCAGCACGAGAGCGGAGCCGCUGUCCUUCAACUGCAGUUCCUCAUCAAUGAGGGGGCGCUGGUCACAGCCUGUGCAGAUGACACGCUACAUUUGUGGAAUCUCCGUCAGAGACGGCCGGCUGUCCUGCAUUCACUCAAAUUCAACAGAGAGAGGAUUACAUUCUGCCACCUUCCCUUUCAGAGCAAAUGGCUUUAUGUGGGGACAGAGCGCGGAAACACACACAUCGUCAACAUCGAGUCCUUCAUUUUGUCUGGAUACGUCAUCAUGUGGAACAAGGCCAUAGAACUAGCAACUAAAACUCACCCAGGACCUGUGGUUCAUUUGAGUGACAGCCCAAAGGAUGAAGGCAAGCUGCUUAUAGGGUUUGAGAGCGGGACGAUCGUACAGUGGGAUCUCCGGGUCAAGAAGGCUGACUUCAGAAUCUACUACGAUGAGGCCAUCCAUUCAGUCAGCUGGCAUCAUGAAGGGAAGCAAUUCAUGUGCAGUCACUCAGACGGCAGCCUGACGCUGUGGAACCUCAGAAACACCACCAAGCCAUUCCAAGUCACCUUCCCUCACGGAAAGAUACAGAAAGAUGGGAGGAAGGAGUCAUGUAAACCCAUACUCAAAGUGGAGUACAAGACAUCGAGGAACAGCGAGCCUUUUGUUAUCUUCUCUGGGGGUCUUUCAUAUGACAAAGCAGGACGUCGGCCAACAUUAACCAUCAUGCACGGCAAGGCUAUCACUGUGCUGGAGAUGGACUAUCCUAUUGUAGAGUUCAUGGCCCUCUGCGAGACUCCAUACAACAACGAGGUCCAGGAGCCUUACGCAGUGGUGGUGCUUUUGGAGAAGGACUUAAUCGUGGUGGAUCUGACACAGAGCAACUUCCCUGUCUUUGAGAACCCUUACCCCAUGGACAUCCAUGAGUCUCCAGUUACCUGCACAGCCUAUUUUGCAGAGUGUCCGCCCGACAUUAUCCCCAUCCUCUACUCUAUAGGAGCUAAACACAAGAAGACCGGCUAUAGCCAAAAGGAGUGGCCAAUCAGCGGAGGAACAUGGACGUUAGGCUCCCACACCUACCCAGAGAUCAUCAUCACCGGACAUGCUGAUGGAUCAAUUAAGUUUUGGGACGCAUCUGCAAUCACACUACAGAUGUUAUACAAGCUGAAGACCUCCAAAGUGUUUGAGAAGCCAAAGCCUGGUGAGGGCCGAGCGGCCGACUUGGUGGAGGAUGACCCCUUCGCUAUUCAAAUGGUCAGCUGGUGCCCAAAGAGUCGCAUCUUCUGUGUGGUUGGCAUCUCAGCCCACAUCAUCCUGUAUCGCUUCAGCAAAUAUGACGCCAACACUCAGAUAGUGUCACUAGAGGUGCGUCUACCUUGUGAGUCGGAGGAUGUCAUCUCUCCAUCUGAGAAUGAAAAUAAUCCCUCCCUCUCAGAGCCCGGCUCUCACUCACCCCACCACCAACACCCAGCGAGCCCCAGCAGUGGGACACCUGAGGGUGUCAAAGACAGCAUCCCCCAUCUUAAGGUGAAGGACCGGACGGUUCGGGUUCCUCCUGGCUACCAGGCAGAGCUGGUCAUCCAGCUGCUGUGGACAGAUGGAGAACCUCCACAACAGAUCACUAGCCUGGACAUCAACUCUGCCUAUGGCCUUUUGGCGUUUGGGAACUGUAAUGGCCUAGCGGUGGUGGACUACUUGCAGAAAACCGUCCUGUUGUGUAUGUCGACACUGGAUCUGUAUGGAGCCGCCGACCCCUACCAGCGCCUUACCCGCUCCCCUCGCAGGAACAGACAGUCCACCUCAGAGUUUUGCAUGCGCGGCCUGUCUAACUUUUAUUCAGAUUCAAAGAAAAGGAUCCGUACAUCCUAUCAGAGCCUUACUGAACUCUCUGACAACCAGCAGUCCGUUGACAUGGAAAGAAGCAAGUCGCCCACCUCAGUUCAUUACCCAACCUCCCUUCACAAUGACCCACGCGUCCUGCCAGAGCCUGUGGCCAGUCUGAGAGCCAGCCACUGCAGUCCAGUCUUUUACUUACUGGACAAUGUAAAGGGACCCGGCAGAAAGUUAAGUCUGCCAACAGAUCUUAAGACUGAUCUUGAUCAUGUCAAUGGACAUUGCACUAGCCCCACCUCCCAGCCCUGCUCAGCGGGGAAGCCUCGCGUCCCGAUGGGUCCCGAGGGGCCACGGCUUACCCGCAGAGGCCCUGGCCGACCGCCCUUCCGCAAGGCCCAGUCCGCUGCUUGCAUGGAGAUCUCUUUGCCUGUGUCCCACACUGAAGGUUAUGCAUCCAGGAGGGCAAUGCUUCAGCAGUUACAUGGAGUCACUAUGUACUCCCACGACGAGCACCACACCACCGCCCCCUACUGCUGGAAUGAGAGAGAGAGUCGUGAAAACUCCUUCAGCCGUUCUCGCAGUUCAAGUGUGUCCAGCAUCGACCGGGACACCAAAGAGGCUAUCACCACACUGCAGCUUGGAGAGUCCUUCGGGCGCAAGGGUGACGCCCUGCCCACCCCAUGUCUGUGGGUGGGCACCAGCUUAGGCGUGGUCCUGCUCAUCCCAAUGUCCAUUCCCACCGACCAGGAGGAGAGGAUGGAGGAACCUGUGACCAUUGGCCCCAGUGGAACAGUCAUGAUGCUGAAGGGCUCGGUUUUGCGCUUUGCCUUCUUGGACUGCAUGGGAGCGCUCAUUCAGAGCCCCUAUGAGGUCUGGCGUGAUCCCAACGCCCCCGAGGACCCCGACCGACCGAGAAGGCGCAAGCUAGUCAACUUUUCACCAUCCUCCUCCCAGGACACUUGCGGAGAGGGACAUCUGGCUGUGGUGUGCUCCGAGAGGCAGGCCAAAGUAUUCUUGAUGCCCUCGCAGUCUUGCCUCUUUGUCCACAACAUCACCGAGUCAUCCUUUGUGCUGCGAGCCGAUGUGGUAUCUGUGUGUAACAGCGUGUGCCUGGCCUGCUUCUGUGCUAACGGACACGUCAUGACGCUCAGUUUGCCCAGUCUGAGACCGCUGAUAGAUGUCAAUUACCUGCCUCUGACAGACAUGCGCAUUGCAAGAACCUUUUGCUUCACCAACGGGGGACAGGCCCUAUAUCUCAGCUCCCCGACAGAGAUCCAAAGAAUUACGUACAGCCAGGAGAUGUGUGACAACCUGCAGGAGAUGCUUGGAGAGCUGUUUACACCAAUAGAAACACCAGAAGCCCAGAACAGAGGCUUUCUAAAGGGCUUCUUUGGAGGCAAUACCCAUACCUUUGACAGAGAGGAGCUCUUUGGUGAGGCAGCAGCUGGGAAGGCUUCUCGGAGUCUGGCCCAGCACAUCCCUGGGCAGGUGGGGGUGGAGGGAAUGAAGGUGGCGGCUAGUGGAGUGGUGGGUGAUCUGGCGAGGGCCCGCAUUGCUCUGGAUGAGAGAGGCCAAAGGCUGGGGGAGCUUGAGGACCGAACCGCCAUGAUGAUGACCAGUGCAGAAACCUUCUCCAAACACGCUCAUGAGCUGAUGCUGAAGUGCAAGGACAAGAAGUGGUACCAGUUCUAAGAGCAGGACAGAGGACUGCAGGGAACUUUAUGCCGGGACAGGGACUUUCACUCUACAAAUGAGAGCAAUGAAAUGAGAGACUCAGAAGUGACUUUGUCUUUACGGCUUCCGGAGUGGCUAUUUGUAUGACGCUGUCACAUUGUUGAAGGACGACAAUGGGCUAGCUCCCUGUCUAGACAUGUAGUGAUAAGGACAGAAAGAGAAUGGCGGCAUUUGAAGGACUGAAGAUGAAUCUGGAAAUAUCCGACGUGUGUGUGUGUGUGUGUGUGUGUGUGUAGGUGUGUGUGUGAGUGUGUGUAGUUGGGUUUCCUGGACCUCACUGUGUAGAUACUUAAAAGUUAACUAAACAACAAGAAAUGCAUGAAACAAAAAUGGAUGACUAUUAAAAAUAUCCAACUGCCAUAUUAAAAAGCAGCAUGCUACUUUAACAAGAGAUACAAAAAUAAACCGUUUUAUUUAAUGAUGUAAGCCAACAACAGAAACUAUGAAAAACUUUAUAUUUUUUGAAAUAUUGACAAAAAAAGUAUAUAUAAAAAGGGAAAUGUAUACCUGCAUUGCUAUUAAGCCAAAACUUGUGUUCCUUUCCCUUUUUUCAUUUUUUAUUUUUGGUUCAUUUGAAAAUGUUUUCUUAGUCUCAGCAUAUAUUACUUGCCACAAUAUAGAUGCACAUAGUUAACUUUCUCUACACACACACUUAGAAUAAUGCUAAAACUAUGUUCUUGCCAAUUACCCUGGGCUGCACAGUGCAAACACAAAUCAGUAGUAUUUACAUGUACCUCUGCACAGUCUAAUCACACUAAUUAUAUUUCACGUUUCGGCUGCUGCUACUUACAAAAGCAUUAAAUGAUAAUCUCCCUCCCCGACUACAGUUGUAUGGAAACAGAACAGAUUGGUGUGAGAAGAAUGCAAAGGCUGAGAGAGUUAAAAGUGUACUGUGGACACAGUGUGUUUCUAGCUAUAGUAUGAACCUAUAUACUAUUCAUGUGCCAUAAAAACAAGAUGAGUGAAUCCACUCACAGUAAACUAACUAACAAAGAGCUAAUAUGUGGUAGUCAUCAUAUGUUUCCUGUUGAUCGGAACAGAUGAGACAUACUUGGAGUUGACCAUGAGGGCAUAUAUCAAAGUCAAAAAAGUCUGUUUUCUUUAUAUAAAAAAAAAUAUGAGGGGGGUUUUAUUUAUUUAUUUUUGGUUGUUGCUGGUUCACCAUUGGAGUCUUUAGCUGCCUUUGUCAGACGUGUGAGUUUCGUGAGCCAUUAGGUUGUGUGUGUGUGUGUGUGUGUGAGUGUGAGUGAGUGAGAGAGAGAAAGACUCUUUCUCUGCCAAAGCAAUCGAAAAUGAAUGACACCCUCCCAUCUCUCUCUUUCUCUCUCUCUCUCCGCCUCAGCCUUUGGUUUAUGCGUUUUCAGCGUUAAACCCGAGGGGUCCUCUUUUCACGAGCACCACUUUAAAAUGGUCGUCACCGUCUUUGUGGCCGGAGUACGAAGCGGAGUUGGAAUCGUUUCCAUUCAGUUGCGACCAACUCCCCCCUCCCUGUGAGUGGUUUAUCAGUAAAAGGUUCAGGAAAAGUAACAGUAUUUUUUUUGUCAGUGAUGUUUCAGAUGUGAGUCAGUGAAGAAACUAUGUACAUGUGUAAAACAUUUGCAACGAUUUCAACUGAAGGCAAAUUGUUCCUCUUUUUCGUGCAAUAUUGUUCUUGAUGACUAUGAUAUCCUCUCGUCGCAGUCCUAUAUUUGAUGGUGAUGGCCUCUCAAAUGAAGGCUCUUGUAUGUUAAAAACAACAAAUGUUUCAUGAUACAUGGUUGGUGUAUCAUAUUGUGAUUGUGUUGUACAUGUCCAAUGGGUAGCCACACGACACGGGGCAAACAGCAUUAACUGAGGAGGAUGUUUUGUACUUGUGUAUUUGUCUGUAUUUUGAAUUGAUCUGAAAAACCAAACAGAGGGUUGUUGAUAUCCAUCCCACACAUCAGGCCUUUAUGCAGACGAGCAUUAACACUUAGAUCAUGAUCACUCCCACAUAAAAUAUGCACAACAACACAUACAAACCUAAAAAAAAAGCAGACACAGGUGAGUCUAUCUGCAUUGCUAGUCAUUUCUCCCUGCUACCUGUCAGGCUGCUGAGGCUUUCCUCAGGCUUAAACAGCCUUCAAAACCCAUUUGUUUUCACCAAACUCAAGUCACCUGAAAUCCUAAAGCAGUGCCUCGUGGGUUUCAGGAAUUACACAUGAUUUGGUUCCAUGAUGUGUCUUAAACAUAUCCAAAAAAAGAAUCAAUUUCUCUCCUAGCUCUGUACCGUCAAUGAGAUUUGUGUUGAGUGCAGUUCUUUCAAUGACAGAGAAAACACACAAAAAAAACAAAAAACAAAACCAGAAGAAAAUUAACAACAACAAAAAAAAAAGUACAUCUGACUUCUACUGACAGGGUGUUUUGUUAGUAUGUUUUUGGUUUUUAUAUUAACUGUACAGUUCAAUCUUGGGAGAAAGGUAACAAAAAACACAAAAAAGAUGAAGACAUUCUUGGGAUAUUUUUCUCUGUAUAUGUUGUACCUGUUACUGCUGGUACUGUAUCUGGUAUUCUGGCUCUGUCUAAAUCACUGGAACUCUGUAGUUCUUCACACUGUAGUAUCCUGAACAAGCAUUUCUCUGGUUUUCUCAAUGAUGGCAGCAAAGUUUGUCUUAUUUAAAUGGAUUCUACCACUUUUUGUUCUUAUUGAUAUUAUACUAGUGUAAUAGAAAUUACUUGACAAAAAAGAACUGAAAAUAUGUUGAUGCAAAAGCAAACUGAAAUAAACAUUGAUUGAUGUACACAG